CCGAGACCGACACCGCCGGGCCUCCGCUCCUCCUCCUCCCCGUCGUAUCGCUGCCGCCAUCCCGGCACGUCGCGCUCAUUGAGCCUCGCUGCUCCCUCUGACCGCCAUCUCGCGCUGUGCGCUUCCCCUAUGAACAGAGAGCGCCUCGUUCCCGCUGGGCCCAGACGGGAAAACCAGUCCCCUCCGAGGAGGUCUCGCAACGCCAGUCCCACCAAGAUCGGCUCUUUCCACCGACCCACAACCGACGCUCCGAUGCUCAGCGCCUCGUCCUCUAACAAUCACUCCUUGUUCUCGUUUGGCGGCAGAAAUGGCCUCCCCGACGGCGUGACCGAUCCCGCCAGCUCGUUCGAGUUCCUCCCCUCCGUUAGCUUUGACGAUCUGCAAAGCAGCUUGGAGUCGGCCUCGACAGACUUCAAGCUGACCCAAUUCCCGUCGCCGACCGGCCAAGGGCCCAUCCUGGGGGGCAACGCUCUCGCAGGACACAACAUGGUGGAACGUCCCGACAUGACGCGGAAGGCCACGAGUAACCAUGCUCCCGUGCAACCCGCUAUCACGCGUUCGCGAACUGGCUCCAUCCUGCGGAGGCCCAGCACCUCGAGCCGCCAGGUGAGCCUGACCUCGGCCGCGCCCCCCAGCAACCCGGGCGUGCCAAAUGCCCCAACUGCCCCGGCCGCCAUGCGCUCUCGCCGUCAGAACCACUACCCCCCGGUAUCCAAUGCCAGCAUCGCGAAGCCUCCCAGGAAGUCGACCGGAGAUGUCGGGCUCGGAGCCGAGUUUGAACCUCGCAAGCGGAGACCCAGCGUGACAUCCUUGUCAGAUAGGAAUGGGCUGGAGCCUCCGACGAGGGCUUCCAUUGAUAGUGGGGCCCGUCCCACGGGUGAGUUUUUGCGGGCUCAGGCCAGUUCGCGAAGUUCCAAGGCGCGAUCUGUGCAGCCCCCCGCACGAGCCAGCCACGCCAUGUUGUCCCCAGACACGAACAGUCUGUCGCUAGACCCCAGCCACUUAUCGACGUCAUUGCCUCGAUCGCCGAGGGCCGCCGCCAAAGGCUCGAACCAGGCUGCUUCGAAGCGCAUGUCGAUGAUGCCCGGCACACCUCAACUCCCACAUGCUACAGGCCUGGGCGCGAGAACCAUUAGCCCUACCGACACGAGGCGGAUGAAGCGGCUGUCACUACACCAUUCUCAGAGUCCGAUCCCCACCCCAGUCUUGCCACACCCGCCGCCGCUAUCAGCCGCCGAUGUCCGCUCUGCAUCUCGCUCUCCCUCCAUGCUCCCGCGGAAGAUAUCGACACCUUGCUCCUCGCGGACGACGCCCGACCCAAAUAGGAAGUCUUACAGUUCUGGCCUCUCGGUCGCCUCCAAUGCCAGCCUCAGCACGACAGUACGGACAUCCACCGCAUCGGUCCAACAGCGCAACUCGCAAACUGCUAGCUCGCGGUUGCCCGCGCCGAAACCGCUGGCCACUCACAACUCCUCGAGCCAUGACGACGAUGAAUAUGUUCCGCCGGUCCCCGCGAUACCCAAGGCAUACGAAUCACCGAAGGAGGCGUUUACCGACCCCGGCUUUUUUGACAAGCGAAGGUCCAACCUGGCGUUUGACGCCAGCAGCAUUCAUAGCACCUCGACUGGGAGCAUGUCGGCCGCGUUCAACGAAGGGGCGUCGGGCAAGGUGCAGCGCAGGCCCAGCAAUCGCAAGUCGGUUCAUACUUCCAAGUUGGAUAUGGAAACAAAAGCGCCGGCGCAGCAGUCCAAGAAGACGUUGCAACCAUUAAGACUUCCACCCAUCACGCUGGGCCCGCUGAGCACUCCCACCGCGGCCAAAAUAGCUGCGCUCCAGGAACAGGGCUCCUCGGAGAGGAACCUCUCGCCGCCACCGUCUAGGCAAAUCGUGAAGACCCCGACGACGCCUAUGACGGCGUCAAAAGGCGCCUUCUUUUCUAGGUCGAGGCCUCAGGAACGGUCCGACGUUCAGCACCUGCGAAGCAGCACCUCGGUACACCGAUCCAGGCGGGAAUCACCGCCGGAACCAGAACAGGAACCCGCGAGCUCAACUGAUUCUUUCAUGGCCGUCAAGAACGGACAGCAGAGAUCGGGACCAUCCCCCUUCCUCAGUACCUCGCUGCCGAAGGGCGGUCAUAUGGAAGCGGCGUUCUUGAAGAGGUCCAAAACAGGCGGCGAUUUCACCGCGCCACUCGACGCGGCUCCAGAUGCCGCAGCCCCGACCCAUCAACACGCCAAACCGUCAGGACCCCGGGCGCCGAAGACCACCAAGACGAAGCCACCCAAAUCCCCGCCUCCACUUUCCAGUCCAGACGAACCCCAAACCCCUUCUUCCAUGAGCUCGCUAAGGAGGAAACUGAGCUUGUCGUGGAAGCGGAGUGCCUCUAAGAACGGCGGCAACCACCCCCAGGGUGAGAAGGGCGAGUCCAAACCCGUCAAGCACGAUUCCAUGCCACCCCCGCGGAUUCCCGCAUCUGCGACGAUGAACAGUCUCCCCGCCGCCAAACCCCCAAGCCCCACCCCGUCGACCAAGUCGAGCGGGACAGGAGGGUAUCUGGAGUCAAGAAGGCGGAAGAGCUCAGCUUCAAGCCUGAACGCCAUUGUGGCACAGGAACAGCGCGGACGCGGCGAUGGCGGAGCGAAGAAGGAAUCGACACUUGGUACUGUUUCUGAGCGCACCGCCAUUCCUCAUAAUUCGUCCGUGGUACAGCGGAUUCUGAAGCCUAGGCCGUCGACCGCCGUGCUGCGGCACCACGAUGUUUGGACCGGCGAUCUCGACAACUACGACCUGAUCGCCGAGGAGGAAAUGAAGAAGCUCGGGAUGCGUCGCAAAGAUACGGAACUGGCAGCCCGGACCCUGGAUGCGCUCCGCAAGCGUGCCAGUGCCAAAGAGCGUGUUAGCCCUCAGGAAGCGAUUCGGAUUGCCGUACUCAACAUCUACGAGCGGGGCGAGAUCGUGGACUACAAGGAUGUCUACUUUUGUGGCACGCAAAAUGCGGCCAAGGUUGUUGGGGACCCCCAGUCCGACGGUCCUAACUUUGGCUAUGAUGACGAGCGUGGGGAUUACACCAUUGUUCCGGGAGAUCAUCUUUCCUACCGGUACGAAAUCAUCGACGUCCUCGGGAAGGGAAGCUUCGGGCAGGUGGUUCGCUGCAUCGACCACAAGACGGGUGUUCUUGUGGCGGUCAAGAUCAUCCGGAACAAGAAGCGGUUCCAUCAGCAGGCUCUGGUUGAAGUGAACAUCCUGCAGAAGCUGAGAGAAUGGGACCCCCAAAAUAAACACAGCAUGGUGAACUUCACGCACAGCUUCUACUUCCGUGGCCACCUGUGCAUCUCAACCGAACUCCUGGAUAUGAAUCUUUACGAGUUCAUCAAGUCCAAUGCCUUCCGGGGCUUCUCGCUCAAGAUGAUUCGCAGGUUCACAAAGCAGAUGCUCAGCUCUCUCAACUUGCUCAAGCAACACAAGGUCAUCCACUGUGAUCUGAAACCAGAAAACAUCCUUUUACGGCAUCCUCUACACACGGAGAUAAAGGUCAUUGAUUUCGGCUCGAGCUGCUUCGAAAACGAGAAAGUAUAUACGUACAUCCAGUCCAGAUUUUACCGCUCACCCGAAGUUAUCCUGGGCAUGACUUACGGCAUGCCCAUCGACAUGUGGUCGCUGGGGUGCAUCCUGGCUGAACUCUACACGGGUGUGCCCAUCUUCCCGGGCGAGAACGAACAGGAGCAGCUGGCAUGCAUCAUGGAAGUCUUCGGCCCGCCAGAAAAGCACCUGAUCGAGAAGUCCACCCGCAAGAAGUUGUUCUUCGACAGCAUGGGCAAGCCGCGCCUCACCGUCUCAUCCAAGGGCCGCCGUCGCCGCCCGUCGUCCAAGACGCUCCAACAGGUCCUCAAAUGCGACGACGAAGCCUUCCUCGACUUCAUCGCCCGCUGCCUCCGCUGGGACCCAGACCGCCGCAUGAAGCCCGAAGAAGCCAUCCGCCACGAAUUCAUCACCGGCCAAAAGACCUCGGUCCCCGUCCCCCGCGCCAUCCGCGACUCCUCCCCCAGCAAACGCAUCAACAGCCUCAACGCCCCGCGGCCCCUCCCCGAACCCCCCGCCGCCGCAAAAACCACCGCCUCCCUCCGGUCCCGCGACAACGCAGCCGCCGCGGGGGGCGCCUUCAGCGUCCACGGCGGCGGGAAGUCCAACGUCCCGCCCUCCACGGGCACCACCCGCCGCGUGUCGGGCAUGAGCGUCUCCUCAGGCGGCGGCGGCGGCGCCAAGCGCACCAGCACCGGCGCGAACGCCGCGUACAAUGGCGUCCCGGGCUCGCUGAGCAAUAGUAACCUGCCGAGGGCGUCCGCGCGGACGGUCAGCGGCAGCAUGGCGACCGGUCUGGGCGCUGGCGGUGCUGGGGUCGCGAAGCAGGACCUUGCUGCUGCUGGGGCGACGGCGGCUAUGAGUCGGCGUGCUUAGGUGGGGUGCGGUGGGGCGUUGUUGUUGUGAUUGGUGGGUGGGUGGGUGCAUGGCAUGGCAUGGCAUGGCUGGUUUGCGGGGAAAGGGGGGGAUGUGGUCGGGAGUGGUGGUGGUGGUGGUGGUGUUGGCUGGUGUUUGAAGGAUGAUGUCCUUGUGGUUGUUUGGUCGAUGGGGUUUGGUUUGUUGGGGGU